AUGGAUGACCUCCCACAAUACAUGAAGAUAUGUUACUUAGCCAUGUACAACUUUGGAAAUGAAACAUCAUAUGAUGUUCUAAGAGAUCACAACAGGGUUGUUAUAGAGUUUGUUAAAAAUGAGUGGGAAAGACUUUGUAGAUCGUAUCUAACUGAAGCGAGAUGGUUCUACGGUGGAUAUGAGCCAUCACCAGAGGAGUACAUGGAAAAUGCAUGGAUUUCAGUUGGCGGUCACGGGGCUAUAGUCCAUGCUUGCCUACUUUUAGGGCUAUCCCCUCUUAAUGAGUCAUCUCUUGAUAGUUUUAGUACUUUGUCUGGGCCUCUUUAUUGGUCAUGUCUAAUAACAAGGCUAAGUAAUGAUAUGGGUACAUCCAAGGUUGAAAUUGCUAGAGGGGAUGUGCCAAAAUUCAUUCAGAAUUACAUGAUGCAUAAGAGUGUGUCUGAAAAGGAAGCCAUGAACAUUAUAAAUUGCAUGAUCAAACAUUCAUGGAAAAAGCUUAAUGAGACAAAUAUAAAGAGGUCUUGUCAUGCAAUUGUCACAACUUUGUCGCUCAACAUGACACGUGCCGCUUUAUCGAUAUACCAACAUGGGGAUGGGAUUGGAACCUCUACCGGAUUGACCAAAGAUCGCUUAACUUCAUUGAUUGUGGAACAAAUUCCAAUUUAAAAAAUGUUUCACAUUU